AUGCGUUCCGUGUUCUUCCUUGCCCUCGGUGCUAUUGCCACUCUCGCCGCCGCGCGUGACAAUGCCUUCAACAUCCCCAAGGAUGGAUAUGAAUUCACUGCUGGCGAGUCGACUACCCUGAAGUGGGCUCCCUCCACUCAGGGAACUGUAACUCUCAAGCUCCAGCAUGGUGAGGCAUUCGACUCCUCUACUGGUACUACUAUUGCCUCGAGCAUUGCCAACUCGGGAAGCUACACAUGGAGUGUCCCGAAGGACAUCGCUGACCAUGGCGAUUACACUGUCGAGAUCGUCAGCGACUCAGACCCGGACUCCUCUAACUAUCUUCCUCAAUUCUCUGUCCAAGGUGCCUCAGAGUCUGCUACUACCGCGUCUGAAUCUGCAACACCAACUCCCGAGACUACCACCACAGAGACCUCCAGCACUAGCACCGAUACCACCACCACCACCACCACAGAGACCUCUACAACUACCGAAUCCUCGUCCAGCGCGUCCCCGACCCCGACAAGCACUUCUUCUGAAUCGCCUAGCGAGACUCCCACUAGCAGCACCUCGACCGAGUCUUCAUCUACCAGCGCCGAGGCCUCCGAGUCCCCCAGCAGCAGCUCUUCCUCUAUUCCAUCGGUUGACGACGGUGACAACGCCGGCAUGGCCAACCGCGUGUCUGGUGGCCUGUUGGCGCUUGCCCUGGGCGUUGCUGCUCUUGUUUAA